CCACAAUUUUAGGAGAGACCACAUAACACACGCAUUUGCCAAAAGACAAAAGCCCAUACUAUACUUUGCUGACGUGACAAAAACCCAUUUGGCCACAUGGCCUCUCAAAAAACCAGAUAUACAUCCUAAGGUUCAUAUCACACCAUUUCGAAAUAAAAUCCCACAAUUAUUCUAAACAAAUAGUUUCCAAUAUCAGAUAAAACCACCAUUUCGAAACCAACACCCAAGCCACACAAAUCUAUACAUACAUUAAUGUUAUACGUAUUCCUCUUCUAACCAACACUUGAACCACAAUGGGCUGCGCUUCCUCCAAACGUGUCAAGGCAGCCGUCGAUGUCUACCGUCCGCCUCCUUCCAGCUUCGCUGUCUUCGACAUCAACGCCAUACAGGAGCCCUGGCUCAUAGUUGAGAAUCCGUCAGAUGACCAGCAAGACAAAUUACAGUCACUGCCCGCUCCGGUUCCCUCCACCAUCCUUCAGAAGCUCGAAGACGCCGGCGGCCCCCGCUCCUGGGAUGAGGUCAGCAAGGCCCUGCAAGCUCACCUCAAGACCCCUGUCGUCCCCCCAGUCCAACCACCUCCAACAGAUCACCCACCCAAAGAAGCUCCACGUAAGAGGUCCUCCUUCCACACCCUCGAGGAGCUCGAUGCCAAGUUGUCUUCUAAGCAAAUACCCACAACCGAAUUGAGGAAACUCGAGUCGAAGAACUCAGCACCGGAGCCCCCGAAGGAAGCGACGACGGGUCUCAAGUCGGUAAAAGAUAACAUAUUCAUAGUGAGGGACAGGCAAGAGAGGGAGAAAGAAGGAACGAAGGUGGCUCUGAAAUGGGACCCACUGAGCGAGUUCCCUGAGAAGUGCCCUGCUGGUGGAGGCGACUCGGUGGUGGUGUACACGACGUCGUUACGAGGAGUCCGACGGACGUUCGACGACUGCACGCGGGUGCGGGACAUACUCGAGUUGCAGGGGGUGGUAUUCGAGGAGCGGGACGUGUCGCUUCAUGGGGAGUAUUUGCGGGAGAUGAGGGAGUUGGUGGGGGAGGAAGUGAGCGUGCCGAGGGUGUUCGUGAAGGGAAGGUACGUGGGUGGAGUGGAGGAGGUGAAUGAGGUGAACGAGUCAGGGAAGCUGGGGAAGAUGAUGAGGAGGGGAAAGGUGGAGACAAGGUCGGGAAGAGCAGCGUCCGAGGCAUCAAGAGGGACGACGGAAUACACGUGCAUGGAGAACGGUGGAAGUUGCAAAGGUGUUUUUGGAAAGGGGAUAAGAGGAGGGCGCUGUGGAAAGUGUAACGAGAAUGGAUUGGUUUAUUGUCCUGUUUGUGUAUAGACGUCAAGGUGUUUUUUUUUUUUUUUUGUUUCUUUGAAGAUUAUUGGUAUUUUAUGUUUUCAAUUCAGAAGCAGGGGAAAGCUACAUGGAAAUGGUUUGAGGAGAAGUAUUUUAGAAUAUAUAUAUAUAUAUAUAUAUAUAUAUUAUGAAUGGUAGGUGAAUGGUAGUUAUCGUUUGAAAAGAAGGGAAUGAGAUUAAAAGUAAUAAAACCACAGUCAUUUGUUUGGUGGGUAUUUGAAGAUGUAAUGAUGUAGAAACAUUUUCAUUUUUGCCAAUUUUGUCCCAAGGAAA